GUCGAGCAUACAUACAUAGUUCUUGUAACUCGUGGACAAGACAUUAAAGCACAGACUUUGGCCCGUCGCCGCAGCGAGCCUGGAAGACAGGCUUUGAGACACAUUCGUUGAGCUUCUGAAGGCGACCCAGACACGAAGAGCCCGGCAGCAGUCGACGACCAUCAUGCGUGCCCCACUGCUGGCUCUGUUGCUGGUGGCGGCCCUGGCGGCUCCGGCGCUCGCGGCGCGCCCCACCAUCCUUGACGGUCAGACGGGCCCGGUGCCUGACGCCUGCCUGGACGAUGACGACUGCCGCUCCAAGGAGAUCUGCAUCCGGGGCGAGUGCGUGACGGUGAAGAAGGACGGUGAGGCGUGCAAGAAGGACGUGGAGUGCCGCAGCGGCGUGUGCCAGAAGCAGUGGUGGCCCGCCGGUGCCGUCUGCGCCACACCUUGCGCCGUGGACGCCGACUGCCCCUCCUCCAUGCCCAUCUGCAACGGUUCGCCCUACGCCGCCGCCGCCGCCCGCGCCGCCGGCCUGGUCAAGCCCACCGCCGCCGCCGCCGGCAAGUCCGUUGAGAUUCAGCCGCUGAAGCACGAGGACGACGAUGAGGAGGAGGACGACGAUGAGCAAGAUGAGGACGAUGACGAUGAUGAGGACGAGGAUGAUGACGACGAGGACGAGGAUGACGAUGAUGAUGAUGAGGAUGAGGAUGAGGACGAUGAUGAUGACGAGGACCAUGAUCACGACCAUGAUCACGACCACGACCACGACAAGAACAUGAAGGCUGACGCUGCUGACAGUGAGGACGCGGCCGACAACGACCAUGAUCACGACCACGAUCACGACCACGACCACGAUCACGACCACGACAGCGACGACGACGGCCCGCACCACCACGACUCCCACCAGCCCAAGAAGGACUGCCCCAAGUCCAAGAAGGACAAGCACGGCCUCCGUCGCCGUCUGGCCCAGUCCGACCCCAACCCCAAGCCCGACCCCGAGCCCCAGCCCGGCCGCUGCGUGCAGUGCAUGGUUGACGCCGACUGUGACGACGGCUACUUCUGCGAGCGCGGCUACCAGCCUGGAGCCCACACCUGCAGCGAGAUGGGCGACCCCUGCGCCGCCUACGGCGACUGCGGCGUGGGCGAGUUCUGUGACGACGUCGCCAAGCGCUGUCGCCCCUACGCCGCCGGAUCCUGGAUCAAAGCCCUGGUGACGGUGACGCGUGUAAAGGCUCGGCAGGACCGCCAGGCGCGCCUGUAAAACACACAUGGCCGCAGAGUGCACACAGCAGAUGCUGAUGCCGGGGUUUCCGAGGUGUCACGUGCGUGUCACACGAAAUGUGGAUUGCCAACAUGCUUCAGGGCUGGCAUGGAGUGUCUGGCUGGCUGCUAACCUGACCUGAAGUGAGCGGAUGGCUUAUGCCCGGGUUGGUGUGUGUGUGUGUGUGUGUGUGUGUGUGUAUGUGUGUAUACUUGUCAUAAGUUUCUGUGGUGCAGGAGGCGCCGCUGGCUUGUGCGGCUGGUACACAGAGUCGGCCGGCCUGAUCCCCCCAGGGCGCCGUAGCUUAGCACCCGUCUGUUUGUGUCGUGCGUACUGCUUUGCUCCGUCGAGGCGCUUGGGGCUUGCACGUGCUGGGCCGCCUCUGCGCUCCUCGAAUGGCCGCGUGCCGCUACACUCAGCUGUGGCCCUUGCGUCUGCGGUCAGCUGCCCUCAGCAGCCGCGCCUGACUUGCCAAUCUACUGUGCGUGGGCGGCGGGCGUGCUGGUAACCGAGUUGCCCCUUGCAACAUGCGAAUGGGCAUUGCACGAAGUGAUGCGUUGGCAGUUUAGCUGUGUGCCCCGCGGCCCAACGCGUUUGCGGUUGCAGUGGCGCCUGCUGUGGCGUGUUGGCUUGGUGGGAGUAAAUAGCUGCUCGUCUGUGUGUGUACGGGCGUGGUAGCCUCUGGUACCGGCGGUUGCCCCUGCCAUCCGUUUGUAGAUUACAGUAUUAUGCACCUGCAAUGGCUGCCGUCUCAAUGUACUGAGGGCUGGCAAGCCUGUAAGUAUUGAGUUCU